UAUUUACAUUAACAGUCCGCCUUUUUUAAUGCAUGGCAUUCCAUAGGCGAUGGCUUUUACGGCCAAACAGCAGAAUAGGGCUGGGCUAUUAAUCGAGUUUCAAUUUCAAUUAUAAUUUUAGCUUCCCACAUUCAGGAAAAUAAGAUAAUCUACAUUUAACAAUGACUGUGCUGCAAUGUUGCACUGAUGAUCAUAGGUGUCAUAUGGACAUCAUUACUACCAGAAAAACAUAGUGUGUUUAUUUAUAUUUCUUUAUUAUUAUGUAUUACUGACUGCUUGUUUAUUAAAGUUUUCAGAGUGUUAAAGUGUUAAGAGUUUGAUCAAUGCAUGUGAUGCAGAUGUUGUGAAAUCAGUGAGUGAUCAUGUUUAAUAAUCGUGAUCUCAAUGUCCAUCAAAAUAGUCGUGAUAUGGAUUUUUGCCAUAAUUGAGCAGCCCUACAGCAGACUAGUCACGUGAUGAAAGCUGGCCUCUUUUUUCUGUUUUUGAGAUUUAAGAAGCAUGUGCUUUUAUUUAAAAUCAAUAUACAAGCAUUAGAAGGAUGUCUCUCUGACUGUGUCAAUCCUGCCCCUCAGUGUGUGUGUGUGUGUGUGUGUGUGUGUGUGUGUGUGUGUAUAUGUGUAUAUGUGUAUAUAUGUGUGUGUGUGUGUGUGUGUGUGUGUGUGUGUGUGUGUGUGUGUCCCCAAAGGCUGAGCUGAGAGGAAACAAAAUUUGAGCAAAAUAGUUGAAGGAAAGAGGAAGAAUUGCAUUGCACAGAGAGGGCUCACUGUCAUUAUGGGCUGCUUCAGAAAACACCGGAAAACACCGGUGGCAGCAACAUGACGCCUGCACAUUUGGGUCAACAUGGCGAGUCCAAGGACCAGACGAGUUCUAAAGGAAGUGAGAACCCAAGAGGAGAACAAUCUAUGUUUUGAGUGUGGAGCUUUUAAUCCCCAAUGGGUCAGUGUCACCUAUGGGAUCUGGAUUUGUCUGGAGUGCUCUGGCAAGCACAGGGGCCUGGGAGUCCAUCUCAGUUUUGUGCGCUCGGUCUCCAUGGACAAGUGGAAAGAUAUAGAGCUUGAGAAGAUGAAAGCGGGAGGAAAUGGAAAAUUCCGACAGUUUCUUGAACUCCAAGAUGAUUACGAUCCCAGCUUGAACCUACAGGAUAAAUACAACGGCAAAGCGGCUGCUCUCUUCAGAGACCAGGUGGCAACUUUAGCAGAGGGUAAGGAGUGGUCCAUUGAAACAUCCCCUGCCAGAAACUGGACGUCUCCUCAACCUAAGACCAGCCUUUCAUCCUCUCACCGCUCUGGAGGACCCGGACAAAACUCAGCAAAAUCCGGAGACAAAGCUUUCGAAGACUGGCUGAGUGAUGAUGUUAACUCCUAUCAGAGUGGAGGGGGGUACAGUGGGAAUCAAGAGAAUCGGUAUGUUGGAUUUGGCAACACAGUGACUCCAGAGAAGAAAGAAGAUGACUUUGUGAACAAUGCCAUGUCUUCAAUUUAUUCAGGUUGGAGCAGUUUUACUGUUGGCGCUAGCAAGUUUGCUUCUAUUGCAAAAGAUAAUACAAGUAAACUGGCUAACCAAGCAACCUUAAAGUUAAGGGGCUAUAAAGCACCCCCAGAACCGGCCACAGAGUUAGGACAGACAUUAAAUGAGAAUGUUAUCAAACCCACUCAAGAAAAGGUGAAAGAUGGCAAAUUGCUAGAUGAAAUGGCCAUCAGCAUGUCUGGGCUGGCAAACAAGGUUCAGGGAGCUGGAGCAAAAUUGACAAAUCUCUUCUCUGGAAAAGCGGAAGAUGGAUCUGCUGGAGAUAGCUAUCAGAACAUGGAUGCUUCUGAGGGAUAUCAGGGCAGUUCUAGCCAGCCUGUUGCAAAGGACUUCUGGGAAACCUUUGGCAGCAACACCUCCUUAAAGGCAAAGAAAUCACCCAGCAGUGACAGCUGGACCAUCGCAGAUAACUCUGCAAAGAAGAGUUCUGACAGUUGGGACAAUUGGGGCUCUGAAGCAGCGUCCAACAACAAAAACAGCACGGGGGAGAGCUGGGAGGCCUGGGACAACAACUGGGAUAACGCAGAUGCUAAGACGAAGAAAAGUCCCACAAAACCUGCAGAGGAAACCUGGGAUAAUGCAGACUGGUAGUGACCUCACAAACCAUACAUCUCCUCACCUGUUUCCCGCUCUGGCAUUUCCCCUCCACCUCUCUCUCUCUCUCGCUCUCUUCAUCUCACUGGCACUUUCAGUGCUGCAUCAGUUUGUCUCCAUCCAAAAUAUAUUUAUAAAAAAAGAAAGAAAAAAACUAAGGAAUCCCAGGCAAAGGUAGAGCUAAUUAUAAAAUGAAUACUCUUAAAAUGUCCAACAUGGCAUCUAUUUUAUUGUAAGUAACCCUCUUCACAAAGAAUCAUGAUAAAUCUGAGUAGAUCAGGUCAUUAAGUAGUACUUCCUUGUCACCAUAAAUAUACUACUCAUGUUGGAGAACAAGCCUGUGUUCAUCUUGUAUCAUGGGUUCAAUGACACUGGUUUUAAAUUCCCAUCAUAAUAUGAUGCAUGUAAGAAAAAAGAGGACAUUGUAAAUAUAAACCCUUGUAGAUACAUUGUGAUUGACUGAAUACUAACAUUAUCUUCUGGGUUCAAUUAAAUCAGUGGACCCUUUGGCUACCUUCAAUUACAAUAUGUUUGGAAACACAAUUAAAUAAAUAACCUAUAGUUCAACUUUGCUAUUUUCAUUUUUGGAAUACAAAUGUGCAAGUCAAGGAGUUUUAAAGGAGUUGAUGAUAAAUCUUAGAAGUUACAGAGAAUUUAUUUUCCAAAUUUAACACAACCCCCCUCCCCCCUAGUCUAUUAUGCACAUGCUGACUUCAAAGUUUAACUCGAAAUGGAUGCGUUUAGGUAAAAUCAAGAAGCUGCUGAAACCAAUUUUGAUUGGUCUAAACAAUAUUAUAGUUUCCAUUCCCAUCAUUCCAUUUUCACCAUUUAUGAAAAGGCAGUGAACACCGGACUAACACCCUCAUUCACACUACAAAAGCUAAAAGGUACAGGCAUUCUUUUAAGGAGAUCUUAGAAAUCAUGUUUUUUCUGUUAUGCAACUCCUUAGAAACUUCUAGCCAUUCAUGACAUUGGUUGUUUUUACUUCAUGGCUGAAUAUAAACUAAAGUUAUCUUAAUUAGCUGUGUAAAUGGAAAAUGAUCGAGCUAUAUGUCCCAGACUUUGAACAGUUCCCACGCAUUCAAUUCAAAUAAGUCAGUGUCAGGAUACCGGCCAAGUUUGUUAUUGAUUGACUGGGGGAUAGGAGGGGAUUCUUUUUUAACACAUGUUUUUCGAUCAUUAUUUCCAUGACCCUUUAAAGCUGGGUGAUUAUACAUGAAUUGAAACAUGGUGCAGGUAAACUGUCAAAUUCGAGUUCACACGGUCACGAUCAUUUAUGCUUUCAAACAAGCUCACAUUGGUCCAUACAUUUUGACAAACCUGCAUCCUCUCAUUGUGACAGUAAACAGUUAGCACUGGGUCAUUAUGAAAGACACAUCAGCAAUUGAUUCCUCCAUAGUUUUAUAAUUGUAUUUUCAUGAUGGAGCAUUUGAAAUAUUUUCAUGAAUUCUUUGUUAUUGCACCUUUGUCAUCGCAUAUUGUGAGGCGUUGGUGUCACACAUCUUCACACUCAUAUGAGCAUCUUUGUAGUGAAGAAUAUAUGAGGUUCAUAAUAUGCUGGACACUUCAAUGGUCAGUGCUGUCAAACACUUUUUCAAUUAAUCUGAUCUACCUAGUGCAUCCCCCAGUCUCAUGAAACAGCAGCUGGACUAUUAAACAUGAAAUCACUGUUGAUGUUAAGGACUGGGACAAUGUUGCAGCAGCAACUUUCCCUUUGUGGCCUUUAUUUCUGUGUAACAUGAGGUGUUUUGACUUUAUCAUUUUUUAUUAAUCCCCCAUUAGAGGAAAUGAACGUGUUACAACAGCUCAAAAAAGACAGCAACAAUAUUUAUGAUAAUGAUAAAAACAAACAACCACCAGAAGUCUUUCUAACAAUUCAAACCCCUUCAACUUAAACUAAACACACUUGAACCAAUUCCAACUCCAGACAUAGGUUUAUAUUAGUGUACAUUUGUUUAGCUACAGACUAAUAUCAAACACAUACAACGGGUAGCGGUGCAACGGAUCACAGAUCAUUUUUUGGAUUAUCAAGAAGAUAUUUUUAAUAUCACUUUUCUACUUCUCACUAAAACACGACUGUAACUGUGCAUUUUAAGGCAAAAUGAAUCCAACUUUUUUGUGUUGAAAUUCACCACAACAAUAUUUAAGAGGACACAGGACUGUCUUCACAUUUGUAUAACGGAUCUACAUGCACUACAUAAAGCUUUCUUUUCACUGUGACUCUGCACAGGGAGUAAUAGGCAGUUCAAUUAUUUGCAUUACAUGCAUUCAGAACAGAUCACAUAUCAACUGGGAUCCGUUGCACCUCUAAUGCUUGGUGUGCAUCUGAGACUUUGAGGCUUGGUAUCUAUUAUCAUUGGCCAGUAGCCAACUAUAGCUGCUCACAGAGCAGUGGAAGAGUGCAAUACAACUGCUGGGUUUAUGUUUGUUAUUACUGUGUUAAGACACUUUUGUUGUGAUUCUAUAAGGAUUUCUCAUCAGGCCUCAUGAUUGGUUAAUAUACCAUCAAAGAUUAUAUGACAUGUGAAGGAUACAAUUUAUUCCAUAUCCACUUCCUACCUCUAAGAAGUUUUCAGUUUACUGCAGUGUUUUUUUUUUAAAACUCUGAGCAUCCUUUUUGACCUAGACUCAAUAUCAGGAGGUUUGAUUUGACUUUGCUAAAAGAAGUGUUUAAGCAAAGCCACAAAGAAGAGUUUUCAUUGUUAUUAUGUUUUCAUUUCAAACAAGAUUUAAAAUAAAAAGAGAUAACUUCUGGAACGUUUGUGUUGCUGUUCCCUGCAGUCAUGUGCUCAUGUGUGGUGGUAUGUUACAAACUUUAAACAGCUGUGAUUGCUGUCUGCUGAUACUGAUGUCAAUGUGCCUGUGUCUCUCUGAUGCAGUGGGGUGUACAUGUCAUUCACCAUCACAGAUCAGUUCAAAUGUUUUAUUGUUGCCCAUACCUUCUCUGUAUCCCUGAAGCUUUAUGACAUUUUUUGUACGACUGGAAUACUUUGGGGGGAAAUAUUUGAACAGCCCAGCUUUGUCUGUUUCCUGUAAAAUGUUAACCCACCACUUAUUGGCGAAAGACCGGUUGAGAUUACUGAUACACUCGAUUCAUGGAAUAACUGCACAAUGUGAUAUUGAUGGACUUGUAUCCCAUUGGUCCUAAUGUAAGGUGAAUACAUUUUUUAGAAAUCCAAUGUUAUUUACCUGUAAUUCUGAACUUAAACUUUCCAGAGCAGCAGUUGAGCUCAGUGUCUGUGCCUGUCAAACAUUUCAGAUUGGGGUAUGUUGUGUUUGUUGCUCAGACUAUUGUGUCAGAAAUACUAUUUUUGAUUUCAUGCAUGAGCUGUGACGUGGUGCUUAAAAACAUUCAGCUGGUGUUUAAUUUGUUAAAGCUGUUUCCUCCAGUGAAUUUGAGUGCAGUUGUCUGCUUUCCCCUUCAAUUUCACCAGCAGCCAUCACAUGAGGUGAGCCAGUGUUACCUAUUCAGCUGAGGCUGUGGAUGUUUUCCUGUACAAAUGGUUUCUGUGUUGAAUAAAAAUGUUUUGUGUUGUGGAUGCAAUGGAUUUUA